GCUCCACUUCGUAAGUCGGUGCCGAGUGCUCAUUCCAACUUGCGUAUUGAAAGAGAAAUCAUCAAUCAAUGGAGCCAUCCGUCACAAAGCCCCACGCUCUGUGCAUACCCCUUCCGGCACAGGGCCACAUAAACCCCAUGCUAAAACUGGCCAAGCUUCUUCAUCACAAAGGCUUCCACAUCACUUUCGUUCAUACCGAGUUCAAUCACCAGAGGUUAGAGGAGUCCUUAGGAGAGGGUGCUCUUCGAGGCUUGGAUGAUUUCAGGUUCGAGGUCAUCUCCGACGGAUUGCCGCCCUCGAACCCGAGAGGCAUACUCGACCUCCCUUCUUUAUGCUUGACAUUGCCAGUAGAUGGAUUACGUUCGUUCCGCGAGCUCGUCAUGAAGCUCAUGAAUUCCGAUGCCCCUCCUCUCACGUGCAUAGUUUCGGAUGGCGUGAUGAGCUUCACCUUGAAAGUUGCUCGAGAAUUAGGCGUUCCGGAAGUGAUGUUCUUCACUCCCAGCGGUUGCGGCAUGUUGGGGUACCUCCACUUUGAAGAGCUGGUGGAUAGAGGCCUAUUCCCUUUGAAAGACGAAAGCUGCUUAAGUAAUGGAUUUCUCAACACGGCGGUCGACUGGAUACCCGCGAUGCAGGGCAUCCGAUUGAGGGAUCUCCCGACCUUCAUCAGAACAGCCAACCCCGACGACAUAAUGUUCAAAUACAAUUCGGAGUCGGUCAACAACGCUUUCAAAGCCGACGGCGUGAUCCUCAACACUUUCGACGACUUGGAAGGGGAGGUAGUACUGGCCAUCAAAGCCAAGUAUCCGCAGCUAUACACGCUAGGCCCACUUCCCAUGCUCCACCAACAGCUCCUUCCAUCGCCAAACUCGUUGGAGUCUAUACAAUCAAGCCUAUGGAGGGAAGAUGGCGGAUGCUUGGGUUGGCUCGACGGGAGAGAGCCCGAAUCGGUGCUGUACGUGAACUUCGGGAGCUUAAUAACGGUGACCCGAGAAGAACUGAGGGAAUUCGCUUGGGGACUGGCCAAUAGCAAAUGCCCCUUCUUGUGGGUCAUUAGGCCGAACGUGGUCGAUGGCGGGGAAGACGUGAUUUCGGAAGAGUUCAGGGAGGAGAUAAGGGAUAGAGGAUUGAUCGUGGGGUGGUGUGCGCAAGAGAGGGUCUUGGGCCACAGCUCAGUCGGAGGCUUCGUGACGCAUUGUGGGUGGAACUCCACGCUGGAGAGCUUGUGCGCGGGAGUGCCGCUCGUUUGCUGGCCCUUCUUCGCCGAGCAGCAUAUGAACUGCCUGUAUGCGUGCGCGAGGUGGGGGAUCGGGCUGGAGAUGAUCGAUGGCGGAAGUGAUGGUUUGAAGAGAGGGAGAGUUGAAGGGGUCGUGAGGGAGUUGAUGGAAGGGGAGAAGGGGAGAGAGGCGAGAGAGAAGGCCGUGGAGUGGAAGGAGAGAGGGGAGGCAGCAACCAGACCGGGCGGUUCUUCUCACACCAACCUUGAAAUGCUAGUCAACAAGCUCCGUGGCCUAUAAUGCACAUUGGUAAUUUGAUGUGUGCUUCUUAUUGUCGUUCACGGUCAUUUUCCUUUUCAAGGUCAAAAUUGUUCAUGGUCAUUGGGAGGCCCGUUUCAUCGUCAUUUAUUACUUGUCCAAAAUCCAUGAUGUUCUGUAAGAUAAAUUAGUAACAAUAAGUUACGGUCUCUUUGAUUAACAGAUUAGAAUUAAAGUUCCGAUAACCAUUAAUACAGAAGACAAUGGUUUGGCUA